GUGAUCCAACCUGUUUUCCAGAAAAUAUUGAAAGCUUGAUUGACAAAAAGGGAAUAUUCAAAAUACAGCUAAAGAAGAGAGGUGAAGAGAAUGCCUAUAAAGGUAGUGUUUCCCUUGGAGUUGUUAGUAUGAUUCGAGAUCCUAAUGUGCUGGCAAUGUAUGAAGGAAAUCAUGAGCAAUUGGUAUCAAAUGAAAGCCAUGAGUGUACUCCAGAGAAGAUUGGUUCAUGUUCAAACUUGGAAGGAAAUGACAACUCGAUAAGAGAGAAGUCUUCUGUUACUAAGGGCAAGGGAAAACGGAUUUCAGCUGAGAAGGAGGUUACUGCCCCCAUUGAGCUCUCAGAUUCGCCUGUUGCUUCUACACAAAG